AUGUCGGGCCCCUACGACUAUCGACAAGCUCCUCCGUACGCCGGCUCACCAGCUCAACAAUACCAGCCUUAUCAAACUCCCCCACCUGGCGCCUCUGCCUACAAUAGGGCCCCUCCGCAGCAGCCUUCCUACCCCGCAUCGCCAGGCGGUUAUGCACGUCCUCCGCCGCCACCACCGCAGGGUCAGCCCCAUGGAUCAUCGGGAUCGCCGUAUCCUGCUCAACAACCUUACCAGCAGCCGGCGUAUCCCACCCAGCCUCAUGGACAGCCAUCUGGACCGCCUUCCUAUAACCAAGGUUAUCCCCCACAAGGGUCCCCUUACCCUGGAGGGCCUCCCGGUCCGGGUCCCUCUGCAGGCCCGCCAGGAGGUCAAUAUGGCCCUCCCGGCGGUGGUCCUCCCCCCCAGGCCGCACCUGCCACUCCUCAGCAGACGCAAGCUUACCGCCAGCUUCUGAUUGGGACUAUCCAAGAGAAGAACCUUCAGAGUUUCUACCCACCUGAUCGUUUGGACCGUCUCGUCCAGAGCCUGGCUCAUGAUGCGCCAUCCCGGCUCAACAAGCUCAUCCACGAAUGGAAUGUUCCUAUGGAGGUUGCCACAGAUGUCAUGAAGCUCGCACUAUUCGACGUGGUUCUUUACGUGGAUGACAGUGGAUCGAUCGAGUUCGAAGAGAAUGGUUUACGCAAGGACCAGCUGAAACAGAUCUUGGGCAUCGUAGCAACCGCCGCUUCAACCUUUGACCAGGAUGGAAUUUCAGUGCGAUUCAUGAACAACGCCGAGAACGGUGAUGGGAUUCGCACCGUCGCAGAUGUACAGAACCUGGUUUCUCGGGUCCGUUUCGCUGGUUUGACUCCUUUGGGCACCAGCCUGCGCAACAAGGUUGUUGAGCCUCUGGUUGUGGGCCCUGCGCGCGCUGGCCGCCUUGAGAAGCCCGUGCUGGUUAUCACCAUUACCGAUGGCCAGCCGGCUGGCGAGCCACACAGCAUGGUUGCCGACACCAUUCGCUAUGCCGUUGAUGAGGUUUCCCGUACCCGCUAUGGCCGUGGAGCAGUCUCCUUCCAGUUCUCUCAAGUUGGCAACGACACUCGCGCUCGCAAGUUCCUCUCUGAUCUCGAUGAGGAUCCUCAGAUUGGAUCUCUGAUUGAUUGCACUUCAAACUUUGAGGUUGAGCAAGAUGAGAUGUCUCGGGCCGUGCCCCCUGUGCAUCUUACGCGAGAGCUCUGGUGUGCCAAGCUCAUGCUCGGUGCUAUCGACUCCUCCUAUGAUACAAAGGAUGAGAAGGCUCAAGGACGUGCCAAUGGCGGUGGUGCGCCUCCACCUCAGGGCUAUGGAGGCUACAGCCACCCGCCUGGUGGUCCCCCCAGCGGUCCUCCUCCUGGUGGUCCUCAGGGAUACGGUGGCCCACCCUCCAGCGGUCCACCGCAAGGAUAUGGACGUCCUGCUCCCGCAGGCGGUCCUCCCGGUGGUUACCAGCAAGGAUAUGGUGCGCAGCCCAGCUACGGCCCUGGCCCUGGACAAGGCGGUUAUAGCCCGCAGCCCCCGCAACAAGGGUACGCACCUCCUCCAGGUCCACCCCCGGGUCAACAUGCACCUUACGGCGGUGCUCAAAGGGACUCGCCCUAUGGCCAGCAGCCAUAUGGAUACCCGCCCCCUGGACCUGGUUACCCGCCCUCUCGUCACUACUAA